CAUCAAAACACGCAAAAAAACACGUGUUGAUAGUCAUGUUUUGGAUAUAGUUUUGAUCGUUUGGACAAUAAAAAUUGCAACAACAAAUGUAUAGUUUACAUUUAUAAUAAGUAUUAAUUUUUCUGUUAUUGUUGAGCAAAUUAUUGUAAUAAAAUGGCACCUACAAUUAAAAGUCCUUUGGCUAUAAAAAAGGAAAUUAAAAGUCCGUCAACUGUAAAGAAGGAAGAAAAUGAUACACAAAUAAAUAAUACUAAUAAAAGUUCUGAGUUGUUAUUAAAAGUAAGGUAUAACAAUAGUUUACCAGAUUUUCCAUUUGAUCUAAAAUUCAUUAAGCAUCCGUUUUCAUCGACUCGUUUUGUCGAAUACAAACCCACAAGUUUAGAACAGGAAUUUAAACAUGAGCUGUUAAAUGAACCUGAUUUGGGAAUUGAAAUUGAUUUAGUUGAUCAAGAUCGUUUUGUAUCAAAUUGCAAUGGUCAAUUGGAGUCGGCUGAUGAGAAAAUUAUAGAAGAAGAAAUGUUUAUGCCACAAGAUACAACUCGCUCAAAACAUCAUGCAAAAAGUGUAUCUUGGCUUCGGCGAACUGAAUAUAUUUCCACAGAACAAACACGAUUUCAAUCUCAAACUGUUGAGAAAGUUGAGGCUAAAGUUGGAUAUAAUGUCAAAAAAACUCUUGCAGAAGGAAUUUUAUAUAUGGAUCGUAGUAGUCAAAUAAGUGCAAUAAAAAAAACUUUUGAAGAUUGCAAAAAACCAAUUGAAGUACAUCAUAGUAAACCAAAUGUUGUGCCAAUUGAAAUAUUACCAGUGUUUCCUGAUUUUGAGUUGUGGAAAUAUCCAUGUGCGCAAGUAAUUUUUGAAACAGAUCCUGCACCACCAGGACGCUCUAUUUCUGCACAAAUUGAAGAAAUGUCACAAGCUUUAAUAAGAGGUGUUAAAGAUGAGAGUGGAGAACAAUUUGUUGCAUAUUUCUUGCCCACGCAAGAAACAUUAGAGAAACGUAGAAAAGAUGUGAAAGCUGGAGUAAAUUAUAUGUCAGAUGAAGAAUAUGAUUACAAAAUAAGUCGCGAAUACAAUUGGACUGUAAGAAGCAAAGCAACAAAAGCGAGUUACGAAGAAAAUUACUUUUUUGUUAUACGAAAAGACGGGGUUUAUUAUAACGAACUUGAAACUCGUGUACGCUUAGUUAAGCGAAGAUUGAAGGCUAAUCAAGUUGCUAAUAAUACUCGUUUAAUUGUUAAACAUAGACCUCUUACAAGUACAGAGUCAAAAAUGCACAGAUAUAGAGAAAAACAAUUAGAACCUGCUGGAUAUGAUGAAAGCGAACAAGAGGAGGAAGUGCAACUUGUUCAACCUCAAAUUCAAGAAAAUGAAAACAAAGAUGAAUUGGAAUCACAACGUCGUUCCCGAUCAAAAUCUAAAUCCAAAAGUCGAUCACGAUCUAAAUCAAGUUCUACGUCAAGAUCUGGAUCAAAAUCCAAAAGUCGAUCACGAUCUAGAUCAAAUUCUUCAUCAAGAUCUAGAUCAAAAUCCAAAAGUCGAUCACGCUCUGGAUCAAAUUCAACAUCAAGAUCUAGAUCAAAAUCCAAAAGUCGAUCACGAUCUAGAUCAAAUUCUUCAUCAAGAUCUAGAUCAAAAUCCAAAAGUCGAUCACGAUCUACAUCAAAUUCUACAUCAAGAUCUAGAUCAAAAUCCAAAAGUAGAUCACGAUCUACAUCAAGAUCAAGAUCCAAAUCUAAAAGUCGAUCACAAUCUCGUUCAAAUUCUAGAUCGAGAUCAAGAUCUAGAUCCAAAUCUAGAAGCCGAUCAUAUUCUCGUUCUUCGUCAAAUUCUAGAUAUAAUUCUUCUCGCUCUAGAUCGGGAUCAAAAUCAUCCAAUAAAUCACGUUCGCCAUCUACUGAAUGAAAAGUAAAAUCUCCAAAAUUAAUAAUUGCGAAAAUCGCAAUCGUUUUCAAAGAAGAUUAAAAAAAAGAUAAUAGAAGAAUAAAAUUGCGAAUGGCAAUAAUCAGAUUAUAUUGAAGAAAUUAAGAGUUAAAUGUUUCGUUUAUUUUUUUUUUUCAAAGCCAAAGUUAUGCUUUUGUUGAUGCUAAUAAUUAUCGUUAAUUUAAAAUUAUUUUUUUGGUUUACAACUAAAGUAAAAAAUUAUUCUCGCGAAUAAAAUGAAUUCAAUUCCGUAUUAAAGAUAAAAAUGUCGAGAAUAUUUCAAAAUAUUAUUUACAUUAUAAAUUAUAAUAAAUUUAUUCAUUUUCCUUAUCUAACAAAAAAAACAGUUACUUAAGAAAUUACACAUUUAAUGUGUAAAUAUAUAAAUAUAAUUUUUAAGAACUUUUCAUUAAUACUCACCGAUAUGUUUAUAUUGUUACAAAGAACAUGUUCUUUAAUUUUUCUAAAUAA